AUGGGCGUUACUAGCGAUGCAGAGUGUGUCACUGAGCUUGAAGCUAUGUGCAAGGAAGACUCGUCUUGGCAUCCAUGUCAAGUCUCUCUCAGCUCUACUAAAGAUAGCCUAAUUGUAGACUUUGGGGGCCAGGAGUUAGAAGAUAUGGUGUUGAACAUGGAUGGAGCCCUUACGCGUCUCCGUUUUCGUUGUGCUCCUCUUCAGGGUGAUGACUGCACUCGCAUUGAAGGAGAGCAUGUUCUUGCCAUCAACAAGUCACAGUCUAAGAGCCACUUAUUCGAUGCCAAGGUGGAAAAGGUGCUCAGAGUGAGACACUCAAUGAGGGUCUAUUGUAGAUGCACUUUUAUGAUCAAGUGGCUUCACCAAGACCUCAAAGGACAGAUGGUGACUGUACCAUCUAGUUCAAUCAUGAAACUGACAGGCAAAAACAUCAAUGUCCAUCCAACUGUUUCUGCAUUCUUGAAAUCAGUUAAACAAAUGGGUUUAGAUGGUGCAUCUUCCGUUCCAGUCAUGCUUGAGGUUGAGGAUUUUGCUGUUGAAUUGGAUCUUAAUAAAUUUCUGGAAAAGCAAAUAGAAGACAUCAAUGUUUCAGCUAAUGUAUUCAGAAAAGAAAUCACAAUAGACAUUUUAGAGGGGGUUAAAGCUGAUAACAAGGGAGAUAUUCGAUGCAAAUCUGUUGCUGCACCCAAAGUAAGCAUUUCAAAUGCUCAGGUUUCUCAUGACCAGGAUCAAUCAGAAAGUAUUGCUCAGAGUUCUGGUGAGCUGGAAGUAAACAUAGAAGAAGAGCAUUCAGAAUUCAGGUCCUGUCUUAGUCCUCUUGCCGCUCGUGCAGCUUUGGCUUUGCUAGUAUCGAGUACUCACAAGCAUAUUGCUGUAGGUGGGACUGAGCUAUUCAACUCCCAUGACAGUGACAAUAUGUCUAGUAACACAUUAUCUUCUGAAGCAACCAAAGCUCAUAAGAAUGAAAAUGAGACAUCAGAUGCUAGAAAAACUCUCUCAGCAGUUCAGAAAGGUUUUGAAAAUCAAAACAGUGAUUCUCAUGUGAAAGAUUCUGCUGAAGAGAUUAAGUUAAGGGCCUCAACCAACACAAGAAGGUUGACUCGUUCAGCAGUCCAAGAAGAAAAAGAUAAAUCAACUAUGCCAAUUAAACAAGGGUUGGAAGAGAGCAAGUCAGCUCAUAUUACAGGAUCAAUUUCCUAUGAAGGAAAUGUCACCAUUCAUGAAAGAAAUGUAUUGAAAAAGAAGAAUGAUGCAUCAAAAAAUAAGAAAGCAGUCUCUUCGUCACUUCAUGCAGAGAUUAACAUCCCGAUGGAAGAAAGUAAUGAAAAGCCGAUGCGUGGUGAUGCUGGAGCCAUUCAAGAUAUAAAUGUUCCAAUGAAGACUUGUGCUAAGGAAAACAAGUCAACGGUUCCAACCAACAUGAGGAGGUUAACUCGUUCCACACAUUCUUCUGAGGAGAAUUUAAUAGUACCUGAAAACUAUGGAAUGGAAAAUAAAAGUGGUGGAUCAAGAAAGAAGAAAGUUGUCUCUCCUUCAUCUGACAAGGACAACACUACGCCUGGCGAAGAAAUAAAUAAAAAGAACAUGUCUGGUGCUGUGACAAGACUUGGAAACAUUCGACAAAGUGAAGGAAAGGGUUCAGGAAGUGGUGUUAAAACACAAGGCCAGAAGAGGAAGUCUACUUCCUGCAGUAGGCAAGAGCUGCGAUUUUCUCCACGAUUAAGGUUUCUCCCUCGGACUCGCUCACAGAACAAGUCUUAA